AUGGCUAAUAUGAACGAUCAUUCGGAGUACCAGUCGGCUCUUUGCUCUCGUUAUUCCAGCAGGGAGAUCCUACAGUUGUUUUCCGAAGAAAACAAGGUACUCCUUUGGCGCCAACUGUGGGUAUGGCUUGCCGAGACCGAAAUGGAAUUAGGCCUUCAUUCAAUCAUCUCCGAAGAACAGAUCGAGCAGAUGAAAGGAAAGAUGCAUGACAUAGACUGGCAAUUUGUAAAAAAUGCCGAAAAACAAACCAGGCAUGAUGUCAUGGCUCAUAUCCAUGCGUUUGAGGCGGUUGCCCCGAAGGCGAAGGGCAUCAUUCAUUUGGGCGCGACAUCGGCUUUUGUCCAAGACAAUGCUGAUUUGAUUAUCAUCAAAAAUGCAGCGUCCCAUGUCCUCCAGAAAUGCGCUCACUGCAUAUAUCGUUUGAGCAGAUUCGCCUUAAAGUAUCGGGAUAUGCCAACCGUUGGCAGAACACAUUAUCAGGCAGCUACGAUCACAACAUUAGGAAAACGGGCAUCAAUAUGGACACAGGAUCUGCUCAUUUCAUUCCAAAAUUUGGACAGCUCGCUGAAAAACCUACGUUUCCGUGGGGUGCAAGGGGCGACCGGAUCACUCGCUUCGUUUAUGACAUUGUUUAAUGGGGACAAGGUCAAGCUGAACUCGCUUAACGCAAAACUGGCGUCACUGGCUGGCUUUUCGAGCUCUGAUCACGAUCCGACGUUCAUCAUUACCGGACAGACGUACACGCGCCUUGUUGACAUCUCGUUUUUGAACUCGCUCGCAAUGUUAGCUGCAUCUGUACACAAAAUCUGCAUGGAUAUACGAAUGCUGCAGUGCUUCGGCGAGUUGCAAGAACCAUUCGAGAAAACGCAAGUUGGUUCCUCUGCUAUGCCAUACAAGAAGAAUCCUAUGCGAAGUGAACGAUGUUGCGGUCUAAGCCGCUAUCUGAUGAAUCUGCCUGCGAAUGCUCUCCAGACGUUUGCAGUUCAAGGCUUCGAGCGUACAUUAGAUGAUUCAUCAAACAGGCGCUUGGUUCUUCCUGAAGCAUUCAUAACAGCAGACGCGAUACUGAACGUUUUCCAAAACAUUGCGGAGGGUUUGAUUGUGCAUGAAAAUGUAAUCCGCAAAAAUGUUAUGAAAGAAUUGCCUUUCCUGACGUUGGAAACUGUGCUAAUGAAACUGACUUUGGGUGGUGCUGACCGACAGGUUGCUCAUGAAAAAAUACGACAGAUCGCCUUACAUGCAGCUGAAAACGAAAAGGAUGGAAAAGAUUUUGACUUAUAUGCUGCUUUGCGUCAGGACACGUACUUUGAAAAUGUGCAUGCCGUUGUCGACUCUCUUAGGGAUCCUCGCAACUUUAUCGGAAUGUGCAAGGAACAGGUACAAAAAAUCGAUAUUUGUUAUUCAAAGUACAUGUUCAUUUGCAGUAUUCCCAUUCGUUUUCAUGUCAUCAUGAUGUGUUUCGCUGCAAAUUAUAUUUUUUAAUU